AUGAGCGGGGCCAACCAGUCGAGCGUCUCCGAGUUCCUCCUCCUGGGGCUCUCCCGGCAGCCGCAGCAGCAGCAGCUGCUGUUCGUGCUCUUCCUGAGCAUGUACCUGGCCACGGUCCUGGGCAACCUGCUCAUCCUCCUGGCCAUCAGCACCGACGCGCGCCUGCACACCCCCAUGUACUUCUUCCUCAGCAACCUGUCCUUCGUGGACGUCUGCUUCUCCUCCACCACCGUCCCCAAGAUGCUGGCCAAUCACGUCCUUGGGUCUCAGGCCAUCUCCUUCUCUGGCUGUCUCACUCAGAUGUACUUUGUUUUCUUGUUUGUGGACAUGGACAAUUUCCUCCUGGCUGUGAUGGCCUAUGACCGCUUUGUGGCUGUGUGCCACCCCCUGCAUUACACAACAAAGAUGACCCGUCAGCUCUGUGUCCUCAUGGUUGCUGGGUCGUGGAUUGUUGGCAACUUAAAUGUCUUGUUGCACACCCUGCUGAUGGCGCAACUCUCAUUUUGUGGGGACAAUGCCAUCCCCCACUUCUUCUGUGAUGUCACUCCUCUCCUGAAACUCUCCUGCUCGGACACACACCUCAAUGAGAUGAUGAUUCUUACCGAGGGGGCCCUGGUCAUGAUCGCCCCGUUUGUUUGCAUCCUGGUGUCCUAUGUCUUCAUUGCUGGUGCUGUGCUGAGAGUGCCCUCCCUUGGGGGCAGGUGGAAAGCCUUCUCCACCUGCGGCUCCCACCUGGCCGUGGUUUCCCUCUUCUAUGGGACCAUCAUUGCUGUGUAUUUCAACCCUUCCUCCUCACACUCAGCCGAGCGGGACACGGCGGCCACUGUGCUGUACACGGUGGUGACGCCUCUGUUGAAUCCUUUCAUCUACAGCCUGAGGAACCGGGACUUGAAGGGGGCUCUCAGAAGGGUGGUCGGCCAGAAGCCAUUUCCUGCCUGACAAGAGAUGCAA